AUGACCCCCUCUCUCCCACCACAGUACGAAAUUCGCGUUCUUGGGCCAGAACAUGAGGAAUGGGCCCGGGCAAUUUGCAUUCAUACAAAUUUAUUCCACUCCCCGCUCUGGCCGGUUGUUUAUCCUGAGAACAAAAUCCAAAGGGCCUAUCAGACAUUUCAGGCUGCACACUAUUUGAUAAAGCACCAGAUCGACUCAGGGAAGUCACUUGGUAUCUUCGACAAAGAAUACCAGUACAAACGACCCGAGUCUGCAGCCGCGGGGGGCAAGCUGUACUGGAAUCUGGAAGAUGAGUGUGCCACCGAAAGCGAUCUUGCGGAGCAGAUGGACUUCCCACUAGUCUCAAUUGCCAUGGCCUACGAUGGCAUCGACGAGAUAGACAUGGCUCAGAUAGAAUCUCUGAUCGCGACACUGCCCUUGUUCGAAACAGUCUACCACUCCCUCGAGGAGCUCGACCAGCGCGAUCCUGCAUCGUGGAAUCCCACUGCCCGCGGACAAGUGUUGAUGCGCAACGCUACCAAUACCGUCCAAUCUUAUUCCGGUCGUGGGCUUAUGAGGCUGCUAGCUGAAGAGAUGAUGAGACGUUCGGCAGCCGAAGGGUUCCAGGGUAUCCAAAUCGAGACUAUUUCUGGGGCUGUGCAGAAGGUGUGGUCCAAACCACCGGCACCGUUCAAGGGGACUAUCAUCGCGCAGUUUCACACGACGACAUACGAACAGAAAACCGAGUCUGGGGAAGUUUUGUAUCCAUUCCGACCGGCGAAUGUGAACAUUUGCAAGAUUUUCGUUGACCUCCGGGUUUCAUAA